AUGGACUCGUCACUUAUCGGAAUAGCAAUAUGUUUUGUUGGCUCCUUCUUAGGGGCAUUAGGAGAUAAGUAUGUGCAUGAUAGUUAUAGUGUAGAAGAGAAUAAAAAAUAUAAGAUCCCUAAAGUAAUAAUAUGGGUAAUAGGAAUAUUACUGAGUGUUGUUAUAGACCCUAUAACGACAGUUAUUGCACUAUACUUUUCUUCAGCUGCUUUAGUUGCUCCUUUUGCAGGUGUUCAUAUAUUAUGGAAUUUAAUAAUAACAAAUAUUACUUUAAAAAUAAAAAUUAAACUACACCAAUAUAUGGGGGCUCUCUUUUUAAUAUGUGGUAUAGCUUUGAUUAUAUCCUUUUCAGAAAAAAAAGUAGAUAUACAUAACAUGAACCAAUUAAUUAGUAUAUACAAUCAAACGAAGGUCAUCAUAUACAUUGUUAUUACUUUUUCCAUAGUUCUUAUACUUCUAAUUAUAUGUAUUAUUCCUUUACUCUUUAAGGAAAAGGAUAAGGAUAAAUACCACAAAAAAAAAAAAAAAAAAAAAAAAAAAAAAUUCUUUUUUCACACAAAUACAGUAACAAUUAGAUCCUCAAAAAAUUCACGCGAAAAUUCUUUCCUUCAAAAAAUAAAUGGACACAAGAAUCAUUUUGAUACUAUGUUUUCCAGUAUAACUGAUAAGAAAACCUCUCCUUUUGUAACCCAUUCUAAGAAAAGCUACACAAAUAUUGUAUCUCUUCCUGCUUACACUGAUAGUAGCGAUAUUAUUAACAGUACCAACUCUCACAAAGAUAACGACAAUAUUUUAACGGAAAAUGAGGAAAAAUUUUAUAAUAGAAAUACAGGAGGAGGCAUAUUCAUUAGUCAGGAUAGUUUAUCUUUCUAUUCAAAUUGUGAAAAUAUAAAUAAUAUAAACCAUUUAAACAAUUUAGGUAAUGGUGUGACAGAACUAUGCAACGAAAAAUGGCUCAACUUUCCUGCUACUAAAAUUGCAGAUAUAAACAUAAAACGAAAAAGGGGAAAAAAAAUGAAAAAUUUAAGCGAAAAACGAAACAAACAUAUAAACAAAACACUUAACAGGUACGUGAUAAAAAAUUAUAACAAUGCAAAAGAGGAACCUCUUCAAAUGCCUUCAAUAAUUGUACUACCGUCUAGUAGCUCAAGAAAAACAAAAAAACAUAAUUUACCUCAAUUUAAGAGGGGGAAAAAAAAAUGUAUACAUAAAAAAAAAUUCCCCUUUUGUAAAAUCCCAGUCUUAUUCAACACACUAAAAACGGAUGGUAAGGAAAAAGAUGAACAUAAUUUUGCUUUUUCUGAUAAGAAUAACUCAUACAUAGAAGGCGUAAACGCAUAUCACUUGUCUAUUCAUAGUGAAAUACAAAAAGAUGAAAAUGAAAAUGAAUAUGAAAAAAAGAAUGACAUCAAAUAUAACAGUGAUUAUGAGAAAAAUAACAAAAGUAGUUCCAUUCACUCAGUGUCAAAAAUAAUUGAUUCCUCACAAAACGGGACCAACGAAAGAACAACAAGCCAUCAUAAUAAAAAUAAGCUCUUCUUAACGUCAUUUAUGAACUCCAAAAUUUUAUAUUACAAUCAAAAUAAAGAUAUGCAAAGAUCAAAUAUGAGUGAACAAAAGGAGAAAUUGUUCUUUCAAUAUAUACACUGGAGUAACGUGAAGAAGAGUAGUAAAAUAAUUGAGAUCUCUCAAAAAAAAAUUAAACUAAGUCAUAAAAAUGUCUCAAAUAUUAUAAAUAAUUAUAAAUCGGAUAUUACUCAUAAGGAAGAAAAUGUAAGAGAGACAGAGGAAAAUGAUGGAGGAAACGAAAAGGAUGAAAAAAACAAAAAAAACGAAAAAAACGAAAAAAACGAAAAAAACGAAAAAAACGAAAAAAACGAAAAAAACGAAAAAAACGAAAAAAACGAAAAAAACGAAAAAAACGAAAAAAACGAAAAAAACGAAGAAAUAGAUAAAAAUGCAAAUUACAGUAGUAGAGAAGAAUUACCUCUAAACUAUUUUAUACAAAAAUGCAGUGUCCAAGGUAAUGAAGUAAAUGGGGACAAUAGUGUCAGAAGUUAUAGAAGCCGUAUCAUAAGUGUUGAAAGCAGUCGUCAUAGCAGCAAGUGCAGUAGUAAGUUUCAAUGCUUGUCCUUCAUCGCGUCUAUUAACCUAGUGCCAUCGGAGAAGAAAUUAACACCGACUAAUUCUAUUUACUACAGAAUUUGCUGUUGCACCCUAUGUGGUAUAUCGGGUGGAUUCGUAAACAUAUUUUCUGAGCAAAUAAUAGCAGUAUUUUCACACGAGAAAUUUUAUAUGCUUGAAUACCCUUUUGCUUUCAUCAUAAUAUUCUUAAAUUUAUUUUGUUUAUGCAACCAACUAAUUUUUUUAAAUGUUUCUUUAUGUAAAUUCAGCGUUACGUCAGUUAUUCCUUUAAUCAUGUCCAAUUUAGUCUUUUUCAGUAGUCUAACAACUAUUAUAAUGCAGGCUAAGGGGUCCAGAAUGGAGCCAAAUAAUGUUCUUUUCUUUUCCUUAGGUAUAUUGCUCGUGAUUCUGGGAAUACUAUACUUACAAUAUAAUAUAAACAAAAUAGUUUUAAAAUACGUAAAAAAGAAGAGGACGUUGGAAUAG